AUGCUUUGGCCGCGAGACGACGCCUCGGUCCGCCGCGCCUUCGAGCAGGACAUUGAAAACCUCCAUCUGCUCUACGAUUACGAUGCCGAGAAUCCCGAAACGGGCGCCCCCGAGAAGUGGCGCUACGAGAUGUGGUUUCGCUCUGACAACCGCAUCGUAUACGCCAUCCACGGCGGCCCCAUGGCGGGGCGCUUGAACUACCAGACGGCAGACUACCAGUGCAUCCGCCCUGGCGAGCUCUGGCAGUGCAACUGGCUCGAGGAGACUGGCACCACCUGCUCCCUCGUCUACGAUAUCCGAGAGCAGAAGAUUAGCACGAUGUUGAACUUCAGCAAGGGUCAUUGGGAGGAAGCCGAAAAGGCACACGGCGACAAGCGCAACCCAGAAGACUUCCAGCGUUGGAGAGACCUCGCCAAGAUCGGCAUCCAGACCGAUAGGCAUAUUCUCAACGACCAGGCCAACAUCUUGGAGACGUUCAGGGGCGCUGGUGAUCUGCAGGACAUCGAUCUCAACGCUCCAACGCUUUGA